AUGAAUGGGCUAAACUGCGUCAGUAUUUGCCACCUUCUCUGUUGCCCUCCUCUCCCAUCACGAAUAGCAGCUAAACUUGCAUUUCUUCCCCCAGAGCCAAGUUAUUCAUUGACAAAAGAGGGUUCUCAAUAUCAAUUAGUGCUUUCUCGUUAUUUAUAUCCUCAUGAUUUUUUGCCCUCAUAUGUACUUGACAAAAUCGAUGUAUUUACCUCAUCUACCAGGAAGGGUAACAGCAUUGUAAUGAUAUAUAUGAAAACAAAUCCCUCUACGAAGCUCACCUUUUUGCUUAGCCAUGGCAAUGCCGUUGACAUUGGAUUAAUGUUGAAUUUUAUGCAUGACCUUAGUUUCAAGUUGGGGGUCAAUAUUAUGUCUUAUGACUACUCCGGAUAUGGAGCUUCUACAGGAAAACCUUUGGAAAAGCAUUUAUACGCAGAUGCUGAAUGCGCACUAGAGCAACUUCAAAGACGAUUUUCUAUUCCUUUGGAACAGAUUGUAUUGUAUGGGCAGAGUAUAGGGACUGUGCCUACAGUCUAUCUUGCUACGAGAUUCAGAGUGGCUGCUGUUGUUCUUCAUUCGCCCCUCAUGUCUGGCCUGCGGGUCGCUUUCCCCAAAGUCAAAAGAAACUACUGUUGUGAUGUUUUUCCAAACUUACUACGUACGCCACGCAUACUUUCACCGACUCUGAUAAUUCACGGUGUCUGCGACGAAGUGAUUGGAGUGAAUCAUGGCCAAACUCUAUAUGCAGCUCUUCCAGAAUCUCUUGUAUUAGAACCUCUUUUCCUAAUUGGUGGCGGGCAUAAUGAUUGCGAAGUCUUUCCUCAGUAUCUUUCUCGCCUUCUGCGUCUAGUUCAUCGUGAAAUGCCUCGAUUAGCUGAAUUGGCUCGCCGUGACAUUUCUUCCCAAGACUACCAUCCUUCAACUCCUCAUUCUCAUAAUUGUCUAAGGAAAAGAUCGAACACUUCUAAAGAAGUACCAGUGUAUUCAUCAGAUGAGGCUGGUGACACCAAGAAGCAAAAAAGUCCCGACAAUCUUGGUGAUCGUAACUCUAUUUCUUCUUCGGCUUCGUCUGAACUUAGUCCUAUGCUAAUUCAGUCUUUUCCUUCCUCUUCUAUA